UCGGUAAUUGCUGGACCGUUGCGACCUCCUGAACCCCUGUAACAGAGCUCAGAGAGCCGCUGUAAAGAGUAUCCCCACCACACAAACACACUCACACACACCCACCCUCACACACACCAACAGAAAACAUCACGCGCAGCCUCGGCUCGAGAUGAUGAUGAAGAAGAGGAGGAGGAGGAGGACAGAACCUGCGCUGGAGGCGACACCUGUCAAACCGUUACUGAACACAGUUGGUUUAUUUAAAAAGACUGAGGCGCCCUGAGGACUUGGGGGGACAAAGCGAGGUGGAAAUAGAGAUUAGUCGCACCUAUUGCCGCUGUUUUGCGCUGAGGGAGAGACACGGACCCCUUUGAGGAGAGAGGGAGAAAGAAAGGGACUGUGGCAGUAACGUUAUGACAAGCCGUUUUGGAGUUGAAGUAGCGAAGUUGACGUUAGGUUGUAGAUGUCGGCUGAGAAGAGCUCACUGACAGCGAGAAACGGGAGCGAAAAGACGCUGGAGAGGAAAAAAACUGGACUUUAUACGAGGUUAGCCCCUCUCUGACACUCUCUCUCGCUCUCUCCCUAACACGCACACACAGACACUCCAAACACAUUAACCACAGUGGAGCUCAGAGUGAAACAACAGGGUGGGAGAUAACUCGUGCACAUCGCGGAGCUCCGGUGCGGACAGACCGAGCGUCCCCAUUCCUCUGCGGCGCGCUCGCCGGGCUGUAGCGACUGCUGACCGGGACUUACCGGAGCCCCAGAAAUAACCUAUUAACUUGAGAGAGGGACGAUAGGGCAAGGAUGCCCUGAGGGGAGCGAGCAGCAGAGAGGCGGAAAAAAAGGGCAACAAAAGGUUGGUGCUCACUAACACUCAGCCAGCUGUCCUACUGAAGCCGAGACCAGUGACGUCUACCUACAGGAUACAAAGGCUGUCCAUUUCUACCAUCUCUUCACGCUGAGCCAGCCCAUCACAGCAGUCCUUAAAGCGGACUGUAUACAAUACACGCUGUAUUCUGGCUUUGCUGAAGAUGAUCUGUGUGAACUGAGAAGGAAGUGAUCAAACAUUUAACAGAGGAGAGAGUGCUUGAAACUGAGGGAGAAAGAGAAAGAAGCUUUCCCCUUGAAUCCUGCUCAUACAGUGGGUACUCUUGCUGAGGCCAGCCUGUCCAUCACAGCCUUAAAAAGUGCUCAUUACUAUCACUGAACUGUGAAGUGCAUGUUGUAAUAAUUGUUAUAGUACAGCUCUAAUAACAGAUCAAGGACUCAGCUGAAUUUUUCUGAGCUGCGGAAAGCGUACUUAUUCUCAUUUUGUACGCACUAAUCAUCAAUUAAAAACCACUACCUGUCUAUUUGAAGCAAGUGUAGCAUGGUACAGUACUAUUUUUGCAUGACCCACUGCCUGCAUGAGUAACCAGGGUUGCUUUUGACUUCGAAGAAGGACCCUUGAGCCCGCAACCAUCUUCUGACUGUCUGCCCAACUGUAGCAUUUGGGUGCGGGGGGGCUGUUUCAGAAUUAGGCCUCUGGACACUUGCUGAAGAUGACUUGAGUUGGCAGGCCUAAAAGCCCCUUACCCAGAGAGCGAGAGCUUGACAGCAGGACACACAAACACACGCCCUCACACAGAAGACACAAAUGUGGAUGCCGAGGCGGCUUUGAGCCAUGCUGGUGUUGCUACUCGUGGAGCCCUGGAGUACAGGCUAUCAUCAUCCCUAUCAUCAUUCACCCAAGCUGAGGAAGAUUCAACGGCCCGAAGGAAAGAGGCUACACUUCUGAACGAUUCGAAGGAGACUGUGAAAUUGUGCUAACACGCAGAGAUCCACAGCAACAUCCUCAAUAACCCAUAUAAACACUAAUACUCCCCUCCACAAAUCCUUGAUAGAGGAAAAAACAAGGCUGCGGCGGGCGUGAAAGGCUCAGAGACUGAACAGGAGCUGUGCACCACCAUGGCAGCUGAGAGUGUUGCAGAACUCCGUGAUUGGCUCUUCCUGCUCCUCCUGUGCCUCACCUUACUGGCUGAGGUGCUGGAACUGGCGGCAGCGGCAAUUGCCAUGGAGACGGGCGAGGGAGAUGAGGCCAUCGUUUGUCCCUCGGUGUGCCGCUGUGAUGAGGGUUUUGUCUACUGCAACGACCGUGGCCUCAGCAUAAUUCCUCCACUGCCAUUAACGGCUGCCAUCCUAUACUUGCAGAGCAACCGGCUGAGUAAUGCCGGGCUGCCUUCGUCCCUGGAACGCAGCACUUCCAUACGAGUGAUUUACCUGUAUGCCAACCAGCUGGAUGAAUUUCCUAUACACCUCCCGCCUUCAUUACGGGAGCUCCAUUUGCAGGAUAAUAAUAUACGAACGUUACCGCGGUCAGCUCUUGCCAAGUUACCAUUACUAGAACGUUUACACCUGGAUGAUAACUCUAUAUCCACAGUUAGCAUCCAGGAUCGAGCGUUUUCUGGGACUCCACGGCUUCGACUGCUGUUUCUGUCUCGGAACCACCUGUCAAGCAUCCCUGCAGGCCUGCCAACAUCCUUGGAAGAGUUGCGACUAGAUGACAACAGAAUCAGCACCAUCCCCACUCAUGCCUUCCGUGGGCUCUCCUCACUGAGACGCUUGGUCCUGGAUGGGAACCUGCUGGCCAACACACGCAUCGCAGAUGACACCUUUUCCCGUCUUUCCAACCUGACUGAGCUGUCACUGGUUAGGAAUGCUCUGCAGUCUCCACCAGCCAACCUGCCUUCAGCUCACCUCGUGCGACUCCAUUUGCAAGACAAUGGAAUGACCCACAUCUCGAGGGGGGCGCUUGAUGGGAUGCGACGCCUGCAGAGGCUGGACCUGUCUGGGAAUAAUCUGACCACUCUGCCCCGGGGACUUUUUAAGGACGCAGAAAGCCUGGAGCUGCUACUGCUACGAGGAAACCCCUGGUACUGCGGCUGCAACCUUCGCUGGCUCCAUGCCUGGCUGCACGGUCGAGGGGCAGCAGUGACAGUUAGGGGUCUAACCUGUCAGGGGCCUGAGCCGGUAAGGGGCCAGUCCCUUAGAGAACUAACCUCUCUGAUGGAGCAGUGUGAAGGCCCCCCUGCUGUUCCUAAUACUGGAGUAGGGUUGAACCCAGCAGACAAAGAUGGAGGUGGUGAAGAUGGUGUUGGAGGGGGUCAAGCAGUGGCUUCAGUCCCCCAUGGCAGCACCACUACUACCUCUCUGCUCAUCCCCACACAGGGUUCCCUUUUCCCCAUGCGAGCAAAGCGGCCAGGCCUAGUUUUGCCUUUGCCACCAGGUGAAGGAGGACACGUAUCUGGAGAGGCCCUAGAGCUGACUGUAAAACCUCUCUCUUCGGACAGUGUGCUGGUGAGUUGGCUUUGUCCAGAGCCGGCACCCUCUUUCCGCCUGUCAUGGCUGAGGCUGGGUAGCAGUGCAGCUCUCGGUUCAAUAACAGAAACUUUGGUUCCUGGAGAGAGGAGACAGUAUCUUCUCACCCAGCUCACCCCACGCUCCCAUUACCUCAUCUGCCUGCUGCCAUUACGUCAGGAAACCUCCUUUGGGGGCUCCAGCAAGGGUUCAUCUCGAGCUGGCACCAUGGACAUGGACAGUAAAGACUCAGCCCCAGCCUGUGCACAGAUAGAGACUGGAGAUGCUCUGGUAAACUCAGGAGGAGAGGGGUCAGAUAAAGAGGGACAAGACUCAGAGUUAACAGCCCUGCCACUGGCUGGGAUUAUUGGGGGUGCCACAGCAUUAGUGAGCCUUCUGUUAAUCUUUGGUAUCUUCUGCUGGUAUGGACAGAGAGCAGGUUAUACAUCCGGGGACUCAGGCUCAUACAGCAGGGGCCGGGGUGGAAAACAUUAUGAUGACUAUGUAGAGUCAGGCACCAAGAAAGACACUUCCAUCUUAGAGAUCAGGGCCCCUCCUGCAGGGUUUCAGAUGACGGCUAUGGCCCAUCAGCCUGUUCAGCCUAAGCUGGAGGAUGUCACCUACAUCCACACUAUUUUUCCCUCUUCCUCCUCCUCUUCCUCCCAAGCUAACGGGACCUACCGCAGCAGUCAUGGAGCUGGCAGCCUAAACGGCACCAUCCUCAGCCAAACCAGCCACCAUCGUGUCACAUAUGGCACCAACCGUGGCUACAGAGAGGGUGGCAUCCCUGACAUAGAUUAUGCCUACACGUGAUGAUACGGGGACACACUCCCUGAGCCACAAACGCCCCGUUGGCUAGUGGUCGUUUUGUUCUUGGUUUCCAAAGUACCCUCUGUGCCUCUGCUGGUUCAAUUCUGAUUGGUUUGUUAAGUAGAGAAUUUCUGCUAUGUUAAUUGGACAAUUGCUAGAGUGACAGAAGUAUAAGUCCUACUAUACUCUUCUACUGUAUAAUACAAUUUACAGUAGGCCCUUCUUUCAGCGCUACUUAUAAAUGGUUACAGUUUCUCUUUUGGAUAUCUCAGUGUCUUUCAAACCUACUGUUAUUCUCAGCUAAUAAUAAUACACAGUAAAUUAUUUGAGGUUGAUAUACUAGGCUUAGCUGAUUUAGGAGGAGAUAUAUUUAUAAUACGAGGAAAAGGCACUUGAUGUGUAUAGAGAUAGCUCUCAAAUCUUCCAACCAACUGUAAGCUCUGUGCUGUAUAGAUAAAAAGGGAUGACAGAGGAAGAAAUCAAUGGUUGUUAUAACCCACAGAUGACAAUGCAUCAUGGUUGACAUGAAAAGAUGUGUUCCAAGCCCCUUCCUUUCCUCUGGUUUACUCCCCUCCUUUUUAAUUUUUUCCUCCUUUCCGCCUCUUUUUUUUUUUCUUCAGCUGAGGCUCUUUCCUUUUAUUUCUCUUGCGUCUUUUGUGGUGCUGUGAGCAGAGGACGACUUUGUUCUCGCCAAGGGAGCUGACAGCAGUGAUAACAGUUCUGACAGAGACGAGAGACACAAACCACAGCACGAGGAGACUAAUGAGAGUGAGAGAGAGAGAGCAUGUGUUGGGGGGGGUGAUGGAUAGAUGGAUGGAUGGAUGGAGGAGAAAACAUCAAAGAAGAUGAGAAAAAGAGGGGGGGGGGUUGUUUUGAGGGGAUGUAGACGCAGAGAGAGGUGUGUUGGCUUCAGGCAGAGAGCGAGGACAGAAAAGGAGAGCUAAGUGAAAAAAGGGCGUGUGACAAAUGCAGCGGCAGGAGGUAAAAAAGCACACAAAAGGAAAAGAAGAUGGGGGAUCAAGAAGGGUGUGGGUGGUUAAAGAAGAGAGUUGACAACUGAAAAAAUGUGACAUCACUGUUGAAAAAAAAAAAAGAAAAAAAAAAAAAGAAUGAAGUUUUUGCCCACGGUGUACCCACUGCACUCAGCAUAUGCCGAGUGAUAACAGAGUGCAUGCUUCCUUCAAGGACUGUUUUCAGGUGCCUGUGAUCAUCGGAAUUCAAAGAGGAAUUUAACAUUUUUUGGUAGUUACCUUUCACCUCAUUUGUCUCUUUUAAACAGCACAUUUUAAGCUUUUGAGAAACAUCGGUAGGACAAGACAAGGACAAGAAGCACCACAAGAGAAUCGGAGUAAAAAUACAGUGAUUGCCAAGACCACAGGACGAAAGAAAAAGCCUGAGAAGAACGACUAUUAAAAAAAAGAAAGCAAAAAAAAGAAACUUCAUCUCAGAAUUUAAGCACUGCAUGUACCCAGUUUUUAUUGUGGUCUGGUGUCAUUAUUAAAUUAUCUUUGCAAAUGAAGUGAAAGAAUCCUAAUCACACAUCUUAUUAUAGCAACCCAUUAUCUUCUAGAAGAUGGUUAAACCUUCUUAAUUAAAAAUAAGUUUUAGCAGCUGACACUUUUUUGGUAGAAGUUGGAACGGCACUGGUCUGAUUAUUCUUUGUUAAAAUUCACUCAUAAUAAAUCUAUUCAACUACAGAAGAAAAAAAAAAUGUUUUUCUUGGUGUUUAUUUAAAGAGAGAAUAGAAAGAUAUGCACACAAGGAGAUCUAUUAUAGUGAUCUACAAAAUACUGAUUGAUUACAUUUAAAAAUACCAGGCAGCGAAUGACCAAUUAAAACACCUGACAAACUGUUACAUAAAAAGAAAAAAGAAAAAUUAUGAAAUUCCAAUUUUACCCUUAACAGUGUAAACAAAUGCCAAAUCUUUCCCUGUUGCAGCUUCCAAAUUUUAAGUACUUACAGUUUUUCUCAGUCUUAUUUCUCUGUAAAUUGAAAAUCUUUAUCUCUUUUUACUGUUAGUUAAAUGAACCAAGCAGUUCAAAGACAUUACCCCAGGCUGCAGGAAUCUAUGACAGACAUUUUUCCACAAUUGCCUCACGCUGUAUGGACCAGAUGAUUCAAGUGGACCUAUUCUGCUCAUUUCCAGCCCCAUAUUUUUAUUCUUGGAGUGCCAGAGUUGCUUUGCAUGAAUUACAGUUCAAAAUUACCAUCAUUUAUAUUAUUGCAGGCCUUGGUGCAGCCCCUCAUUUCAUCCACCGUCUGAACCAAGCCAUUUUAGCUCCCUUUCCUCUGCGGGUUUGAACAGCAGGUUGGUGGGAGUGCUGUGCUCACAACUAGAGCUGUGUGCCUGUGAUGACCACAUUAUAGAGAUCCCCCCCUUUUUUGACAUGAACAGAUCGAAGUGUAGAAAAAAAAAAUGUUUGAAAUCUGAGCUUUGGGUUCACAGGGAUUAGGACACAUACAGUGUCCUUAUUUGAUUUUUUUUUUUUUUUUGGCCAUGGUUGAUGUGAGCAUCCACUGUUAUAACAUAACACAAAGAAACAAAAUGCAUAAUAGGUCCCCUUUAAUCAGUUAAUUGAAAUCAACAAUGUAGUUGCAGCCUUUUCUCUUCUACUCUUGUCCAACUCUACACAAAGGCAAUUUGAUGUGCAUUACAAUAAGACUAAUUGAACUGGGAAAACUAAAAUGACUAGUAAAAAUCAAACCUGAUCUGGUGCAUUCUGAGAGGUGAAAUAUAUAAGUUGACUCAGGUUGUCUGGUUUUAUAGGCCUUAGCACAGCAUAGACACUAUGUUCUGUGGACUGGGAUCACAGCCUGACCGCUACACUGUGCAAUUCAACUCAAAAGAUGACCACAGGGAAAUGAGCGACCCCUGCUUUCUGACCGCCUCUCACUGACCACACUAAUAUACUUAAAGGGAGGAGGAACUUUGAAGAACAUGCUAAUAAAACACAGCCAGAGAUUAACAGAGGAAGAGGAGAAGGUAGAGAGAGAAAAAUAAAGGGGUAGAAAGGGGAGGGAUGGUUUAGAUAGAGCCUGUAAGUGUUGAAACCCAGUCUUACUUUCAGUAGCUCUCUUUCUCUUUUACAACCUGUGUUAUAGUGUACCAGUAAUAUUGGAACAGCUCCGGUGUGGGUUUUUUUAGGGUUUGUUUUGUUUUUUUUACCUCUGCAUUUGUUUUUUUCUUUUUGUUUUUUUUAAAACAGCACUGAAGCUUCCUUUCAUUCUGUGUAGAGAAUCGUUUCCUUUAAAAAUGUCACCCUCAGAUGUGAUAAUGAAAACACUCUUAUGUAUAAACAUAAAAAAGGGUGCAAAACGCUAUUCCAUUUAUUGGUCUGUCGUCUUUUUUUCUACGCAGAUGAAUAAAGACUUCUAAAAAGGAA